AUGUCGGACAACGGUGAAAAUAUGGCUCAGUUGUUAACAGCUGAAACUGACUUCGGUUUGUCGCUGCUUCGCCAGCAUGACCUGACUGAGUCAGUGGUUUUCUCACCAAUAUCGAUCGCUUUGGCAUUGGUUUUAGUUCACACUGCUGCUAAUGGUGAAACCAAAAAUCAAAUUAAGGAAGCUCUUGCGAAAGGAGCCACUGACGAACAGCUCAUUCAACACUAUCAAAAUAUCUCAGCUGUAUUGCUCUCCGCCGAAAAAGGGACUCACGUGAAAUUGGCUAAUCGAAUCUUUACAAAUAACCAGUUCGACAUAAAGCAAGACUAUUUGGAUACUAUUCAGAAGCUGUACAAUGCCGCUGCUGAAAAAUUGGAUUUCGCGAAUCAACAAGCAUCUGCUGACGCGGUCAACAAUUUUGUAAAAGAAAACACAGCCGAUCACAUUAAAGAAAUCAUCAAACCGACUGCUUUCUCCGGAGAUCUCGUUGCCGUUAUUGCUAACGCUUUGUACUUUGAAGCAAUAUGGCAGAAAAAGUUUAAGGACCAUCAAUCACUCGAUUCGGACUUUUUCAAAACUGCCGACGAUAAGAGAACCAUAAAAUUCCUGCGUGCAAGAGAAGUCCACCGUCUGUUUUCUGAAAACGGAGAUUGGCAGGUGCUCCAACUACCAUACAAAGACGAAACUUAUAGAUACAAUGUGUUUCUCCCAAGCAAAAGAUUUGGACUCCAGGAAGCCUUGAAAACUCUUGAUGCUAACACAAUCCAAUCGCUAGUGUCGAAUACCUCUGAAGUCUUCUUGAAUAUUCAAAUUCCAAAAAUGAAGAUUGAAAGCGAACUUCCAUUGGAAUGUGGCUUGAAAAAGCUGGGUAUUACCACUGCAUUCACGGAAGCUGCUGAUUUGACAAAUCUUGCCGAAAAUAUCUACGUUUCUAAAGUUACUCAUAAAGCGAUUAUUGAGGUCGACGAAAGCGGAACUGUAGCCGCUGCCGCAAGCACCGUCGAAUUGAUGACGAAGUCAGCAAUGUUUUCUAUCAACGAGCCUCGCGAGUUCCUCGCUGACCACCCAUUCCUCUUCAUCAUUACCAAGGAUGGUCAUCCACUGUUUGCCGGCGUCCACAACUAG